GAUCACGCAGAACAGUUCUUCAGAAGUGGACAUACAAACAACUGGGCAGUUUUGGUGUGUACGUCUCGAUUCUGGUUUAAUUAUCGUCAUGUGGCAAAUACUCUUUCGGUAUACAGAAGUGUCAAGAGACUGGGUAUUUUCCAUAGUCACAUUGUCCUGAUGCUAGCAGAUGAUAUGGCAUGCAAUCCCAGAAAUCCCAAACCAGCUACUGUGUUUAGCCAUAAAAACAUGGAGCUAAAUGUCUAUGGAGAUGAUGUGGAAGUGGAUUACAGAAGCUAUGAGGUUACUGUUGAAAAUUUUUUGCGUGUAUUAACAGGAAGAAUCCCACCAAGCACACCAAGAUCUAAACGUCUUCUUUCUGAUGACAGAAGCAAUAUUCUAAUAUAUAUGACAGGCCAUGGUGGAAAUGGUUUCCUGAAAUUUCAGGAUUCUGAAGAAAUCACAAAUGUAGAACUUGCUGAUGCCUUUGAACAAAUGUGGCAGAAAAGAAGGUACAAUGAAUUGUUGUUUAUUAUUGAUACUUGUCAAGGAGCAUCCAUGUAUGAACGAUUUUAUUCUCCUAAUAUAAUGGCCUUGGCUAGCAGCCAAGUUGGAGAAGAUUCUUUAUCACAUCAGCCUGAUCUUGGGAUUGGUGUUCAUCUUAUGGACAGAUACACAUUUUACGUGCUAGAGUUCUUGGAAGAAAUUCAUCCAGCCAGUCAGACAAAUAUGAAUGACCUAUUUCAGGUCUGUCCAAAAAGUUUGUGUGUUUCGACACCUGGGCACCGAACUGAUCUCUUUCAGCGAGACCCGCAAAAUGUUCUGAUAACAGACUUCUUUGGCAGCGUGAGAAAGGUGGAAAUUACAACAGAGACAAUUUCUUUGGACAGUGACUUAGCUGGUUUUGAAAGCAAUCUUUAUGGAAGGCUUGUAAAGAUGAAAGUUGCUGGAUUUGCUCUGGUGACGGGCACGGGCUCUGGGUUGCAGCA